UUAAAAUUCAAGUUUCGAAGUAUUUUUAUUAGACAUCAAUUAUUUUGUCAGUUUUGAUUCAAGUUAAACGGACUUUGUGUAAAAGCUACCAUGAGACACAUUUGGUACGUUUAGGGCUCAUAUAUAUCGUUCACGGUGCCACCAAACCUAACCUCACUUUUUCCAAAUAUGAAAUAAACAUAGAAUUGACUUGCUCGUGUUAGUGAACAAAGACCAGCCCCUCCCUGUGUUCGAUAAAAGACAACAGGGCAUUAGUUGGCACCUUGGACGCAGUUAAAGCACCGGUUGGUAUCUCUAAAUGCAAAAAAAUGUCCAACAGUAGCAGUAGUGAGGAGGAACUCUAUGAUAUCGACUGGGAUGCUUCAGGUUUUGAUGUUUUUGAUUUUUUGGACCCGUUAGUUUUGUCGCCCCAAAUUCAGGCAGUUUUGCAAAAUGAUCUCGUUGAGCUUUCUCGCCUUUUGCAAGAAGGAAAAUCGGUCAAUGUCAAUGAUAACAGGGGUAACACUCCUCUUCACCAUGCCAUUGAAUUACAAUUAACAUCAGUCUUUGACUAUUUAAUCGAAGUCGAGGAUAUUCGACUCGAUGCCGUUAAUUUCAUAGGUGAAACCCCCUUAUUACUCGCCGUGAGGUCUAGUAAUUUGUAUUACAUUCACAAAUUGUUACAAAAGGGGGCUGACCCCAAUUUUUCGUCUCCUGACAGAGACUUUUAUUUACACAAAAUUAGAGAUGUUGCCAUUACGCGUUUGUUUUUGGAACAUGGAGCUGAUAUCGACGUCCAGGAUGGGAGCGGUUGUACUCCUUUGUUUAAUGCUUGUGAAAGGUGGGAUGAAGAGUUGGUGCAUAUGUAUAUAUACUAUGGGGCUGAUGUUACGAUUACAAAUUAUUUGGGAUUUUUGCCUUUUGAUGUUUGCCCAGAGAAUGUUGAGAAUCUUUUUUAUUUAACUUUUGAUCAAUACACUGAAAUCAGUUUGGUCACUUUGUGUCAUGUAAUAACGAAAAAAUCUCCGUAUCUUAACACAAUUGUUAAGCUUACAAAAAAUACGGUGUACACUAAAAAACAAAUGAAAGAAUUGUGGGAGAUUUUAAGUUCACCGUACUAUUUUUCCAAAUUAAUACGUCCCGAAGUGAGCCAUGAAUUGUUAUCAAUGCAAAUCUGUUUAAUGAAUUGUGAAACACAAACCCCUGAAAUACACACUUUUGAAGAUAUUUUUUUGAUUAUUUUAUUUGAAUGUAUUAAGGAAGAUUUUCAUUUGGAAUUGGAAUAUCUCUGCCACACGUUUCCACCAGAUGUUUUAACUAAAUUUGUUUGUUAUUCCGCAAGUUACGGAACAGAAGUCACUCCCCGAUGCUUGAAUCUAAUUUAUUAUGAAUUUGGUUUUUGCGAAUUGUAUCGAUUCUUAUUGCAUUUUGCCAAAAUUGAAUACAAUUGUUACUCCAAUAGAUACUGGGGAAGGAAUUUUAUGCCCUCUUUAACCUACAUUCUUAAUUUAAAUAUCAAUAUGCUCGAGAAAUUACAGGAAGACGAUCUUGACGAAGAGUGUUUCGCACGAUUGUCGAAAUUUUUUAAUCUUGUCAAAUUCCAAGAUAAGUUUCCAAGUUUUUUCGAAAAGUUUAAACUAGGAGAAUCUUCAGCAGUGCCUUCUUUGGUCGAACUGAGUCGAAAUUCUGCUCGCCAAUUUAUCAUCUCCAAGUUUAAUGUGAAGAAAACUGUACAGUUUUUUACUGUUGUGCACCACAUUCCUAUUCCUAAUAUUGUGAAACAAAUUAUCACUUAUGAGAAAGAAAUUUAUGCUUAAGUUUUGUUGUUUCUUGUGACGUAUUAAAUAAAUUUAUGUUUUUUAUAUUGAAAAUGUAUCUUUCUUAUUUGGUGUUAUCGGUUGUAGUCACAAAAAAUUUGACAAUAAUCACAAAAAUUUGCUCGUAGUUUAAAAAGAGUAAAAAAUGGAGCAGAGUCACAAAAAAUUGAGCAAAAACUGGUUGUGGCCACAAAAAGUUAAUCAAAAAACCGGUUGUGGUCGCAAAAAAUUCAACAAAAAACCGCUUUUCAAAAAUGAAAAAAUUCUCUGGGGUAACAAAAACUGAAAAAAAAAUUCAAGACAAAAAUUACGAAAAUCCGCUCGCCGACUAAAGAGAUUAAUAAUUGUCCGAGGUUACAAAAAAAAAACUAGAGCAAGGUCACGAAAAAUGAUCAAAUAUUCGGUUAUAGUCGCAAAAAAUCGGUUGUGGUCACAAAAAAUUUGACAAAAAACCGUUUGGCAAAAAUCAUAAAAAUUCGCUGGUAGUUUAAAGAGAUUAAAAUUGAUCGAAAAUACAAAAAAAUGGAGCAAAGUCACAAAAAAUUGAGCAAAAAACUGGUUGUGGCCACAAAAAGUUAAGCAAAAAACCGGUUAUGGUCGCAAAAAAUUCAACAAAAAAACACUACAAAAAUGCAAAAAUUCUUUCCCGGUGGAGAUUAAAAAUUGUCUGAAGUGUCACAAAAACUGAGAAAAAAAUUCAACAAAAAACCGUUUGGCAAAAAUAACAAAAAUACGCUGGCCGUCUAAAGAAAUUAAAAUUUGUCCGAGGUUACAAAAAAACCUAGCAAAAACUAGAGCAAGGUUACAAAAAAUGACCAAAUAUUCGGUUAUAGACGAAAAAAAUCGAUUGUGGUCACAAAAAAAUUGACAAAAAACACUUUGUCAAAAAUCACAAAAAUUCGCUCGUAGUUUAAAGAAAUUAAAAAUUGUUCGAAAACACAAAAAAAUGGAGCAAAGUCACAAAAAAUUGAGCAAAAAACCGGUUGUGGCCACAAAAAGUUAAGCAAAAAACCACUUUUUUGUCCAAGGUUACAAAAAAAACUAGCAAAAACUAGAGCAAGGUCACAAAAACUGAGAAAAUAUUCGGUAAUAGUCACAAAAAAUCGGUUGUGGUCACAAAAAAUUCAACAAAAAACCGCUUUUCAAAGAUGCAAAAAUUCUCUCGUGAGAUUAAAAAUUGUCUGGGGUCAAAAACAGAGAAAGAAUUUAACAAAAAACCGAUUGUCAAGAAUUUGAUUAAAAAUUGUCCGAGUCGCCAAAAAAAAUUGAGGAAAAAAAAAUAGUUGUGGUCGCAAAAAAUACAAAACCCAGAUUGAUUUAAUGAAUUUAUUUGCAGCAAACGUCGUUACGACAAAUCAAGGUACAUAAAAGAGUUACAUAAUGUAUAUACAAAGAACACUUAAUAAUUGUAUGAAUUAAUAGGUACUUAAAAUAAAAAGCUUUUGAAUAAAGAGUUAAAUAAUGUAAUUGUAAUUUGUAACACAUUACACUUAAUGAAUAUUUGUAUCACUCAGAUCGUCCUAAGAAGGCCAUAGAUUCGUCUGGAGAAGUUAAAUACCAGACGCUGAUUACAUCUAAUACAGAAGAAUUAUUCUAUGUACAAAAUAAAAACUUAAUGUAAUGGGAUACUAAACUUUAGUAAUACAUAUUGCAGUUGUACAAACUUAAAAAAAUUUGAACAGAGUAAUAUAGAAAUCUACAUUAUUAACAAUAUCCUCAGGAAACUCUGCUCGCCUUACAAACUAAUAAAUACUUUGUUAUGUACACUUAGUAAAUAAUUUAAUUUCUGAAACAGAAUUUUUGGGGAAUGUUAACUUUGGUAUCAUUUUGUUGGUAAAGUUGUAUUAUAACUAAACAAGACAAUAUUAAUAAAUAUUUAAAAAACUAAACAAUUCUUCAAAGAGAAAAGAAAAAGGCCCAACUCCCUCACUGAGCAAGUUCGUUGUUCAUUCAGUAUUGCAGCAACGAAAGAAAAAAAAUCCCUAAACGAAACAAAAACCAGAUAUCACAAGGCAGUGAAGAAUACGUAUUUCGUGUUGAUGCUAUGUGUAAGUAAGUAUGUGCAAACAUCUAAUUGACACCGUUUACAUAUCGUCUAUGUAAAGAUUUGAGAAGAAAACAGAAAUUAUUUUAAAUAUUAAAAUAAUAACCGCAACAGAAACGCAAUAACAAUUCAUUAUUAAACCGGAGACCG